AUGGCGUCUUUGGACGACUACCAGUUUUUAGAUUCCUUUAAGAGAAAAUGCAUUAAGCUUACCACGAAGAGCUGUGUAUUUGUUGGCGUAGUACAACGCAUUAACCUUAACAAGACAGUAAUUUUAGAGGAUGUGGUUGAAGUUAAAAGUGGUACAAGGCUUCCCGGAUCGAAACUCUUCUUUGGGCACGAAAUCUUCAAUGUGGAAUUUCCCGAAGUUUCUAAACAAGACGCUGCAAGCAACAGUGGAGACCAAAACCCGGGACAGCUCACUGUGACAGAGUUUCAGCCGUAUAGGAACAAGCUAAUGGUUGAUGAUGAAGAUAAGCAGUAUGUAAAUUAUGUGGUUAUAGAUGAGUUUCAUGAGAAGUUUGGUCCUGCAUUAAUGCACAUUCGGAAACAACAAGCAAUUGGAAUUGGAAUUGAUGGAAUUGGUGAAUUUCAGCAUGAAAGACUUUGUUGGCUCCAGAUUGCAACUAAAAACAAGGUCUACCUGUUUGACAUCUUGUUGCUUGGGGGUAGAGCUUUCAAGAAUGGACUGUCCAUGAUUCUUGAAAAUGAUCACAUAUUGAAGGUCACACACGACUGUCGCCGAAUUGCUGGGUGUCUGAUGGCUCAGUUUAGAGUGAAUCUCACCAAUGUGUUUGACACACAGAUUGCUGAUGUUAAGUGGUUCUACAUAGAGACUGGAGGGUUCCUGCCAGACAGGCUCAGCACACUGGAGGAGGUGGUCAGCCUUCAUCUGAAAAUGAAUUUGUCCCACCUUUCCUCUCUCAGCAUCAAAGCCCAGCUUACUAGUGAGGAUAAAGAGGUUUGGUUUGUGCGUCCUUGUCCUGCUCCCCUGCUAAAGAUCAUGGCUCUGUCAGUCAUCCAUCUGCAGCCCCUGCGGCUAGUGCUGCUUGAUGCUCUCAUGUCUGACUACACCACCAUGGUGAACUCCUACCUGCACAGCGGUCAAAAUGAGCCUGUGCAUAUGCAGCACAUUGGCAAGAGUGGACUGGCACUUCCCAUGGAACUCCGAGAGCUGGAAGUGAUUUGGCAGGAGCGGCAAAAGUGGGCUGUAAAACACUAUCCUGUUACAGAGGAUGGCCUCCUGGAGCGCUACAACUGCCACCCUGCUUCAGCAUUAGGCAAGCAGAGUCUGAAGCACCCUGGUCCAGGGGACUCAGCUGUUCCUCAGUGCACCUUUCUGGAAGGAGCCUUGGCCUCUCCAGAGCCACUUGUGGGGCCUCUCAAAACAGUACCUGAGGCAGCACAAGAUACCGAUGAUUUCACAGCAUUGGGGAGUGGAAGGCAGCCAGAUAAAGAGAGUGUCUCCACCAUCACAGCUGUCCCUGGAUUAGGGAGAGGGAUCACACUUCAAGUGCCUGUACUGGCUUCCAGAGAAGGCGUGGUACCCAUGCAGAGCUUUAGAAAGGCCAGGGUAGAGGGAGCAGAUUCUGAUUAUCUGGAGUCAGCCUCACAACCCUUCUCCGUUGUGGGAGGUGUGGCCAAGAGCACGGCAUGUCCACCAACAGUCCUGACCGUAGGGUCCUAUAGGAAACCAUGUUAAAACAAACAGGUCAGGACAGUUAGUUAAAGUGUCAAAUGUUGGUUUAAGCUAUCAAGAUGCAUAGCCUGUGCCAAAGUCCUUAGUUGUUUUGUUUAUAAAUUAUACUUUUGG